AUGUCUGAUUCAGAAGUUAUCACUGUUGCUGUGGUCGGUGCUUCCUUUGCCGGUUUAGCCGUUCUUAAAUCGAUAAUCAGGCAGUACAAGCAGGUCUUUUUACACUGGCAGAAAACAGGUGAGCCCUAUAAACUGGGAAGGAUUCAGGUUUAUUUGAUUGAUCCGAAACGAGGAUUCAUCAAUACUUUUGCUAUUCCAAGGGCUAUAACAAAUGUAGAGAUUGCUGCUCUGACUUACGCUUCUCUGGACGAUUUGAAUCUUCCGUAUUCAGUUUACUCCACUGAGGCCAACACCGUCAAGAGGGAAGAUUACGAUACUGACGACGCAUACAAUGAAGCUGUGAAAAUCGACCAAUUACUGCAGGAUAGGAUUGAAGUUCGCUUUAUACAGGGUACGGUUUUAGAAGUCUAUGAACACCAUUUGCUUAUUGACGAUAUGGAAGGUGACGAAAUUGAUCUUCCAUUCAACUAUUGUGUUUAUGUUCCUGGUAAGAAAAGACUCUGGCCUUUAAAUCCUGAGGGAUUCACCAAAUCUUCUUUCAUGGAGGAGAUUUAUCAGGCGUUUACAUGCAUAGCAAAUUCGCAAUACGUAACGAUUGCAGGUGGGGGAAUAAUAGGCUGUCAAGUAGCAACAGAAGUAAAAGCCAGAUUCCCAGAUAAAUCAGUGACCCUGCUACAUUCAGGACAUGCUAUUCCUUCUCUAAGUAAUCGAUUCAACAAGGAAGACGAUGGAGAACUUCCAACCACCGAAUUGCAAGUGCAAGCUCUGCAGAAACUUAAGGAAAUGGGCAUUGAUGUUAGAUUAAACUCAAGGGCGUUACGAGAAGUGGAAAUUCCUGAUGACAAAGGCCGCAUCCGCCGAUAUGUGCUUACAAAAGACCAGUCACAUGUCCGAAGUGAUAUAACUCUUUGGUGUUGCAAGAAUGAGCCAAUAACAUAUCCUUUGUUGUCUACAUCCCUUAAAGAAGCUGUAUCUCCAACAGACGGCUCGGUACUACUCAAUGAAUGUUGUCAAGUUGAAGGAUUUCCGAGUGUUUACAGUCUUGGUGAUGUGAGCAACCUACAGACAAUGAUGAACGAGAAACAACUGGAUCUUUCUUUAGAGACUAUAUUCGGCUUAGUAAUCUCAAGUGAGAUCGUUUCAACAAACAUAAUUAAAUCAAUUGUGAAUGCACAAAAUCCAAGUCUUGAUAAGAAAAAGCUGGUUAGAAUCGAAGAGGUUGCAGCCGUUGCUGAACGAGUUCUCGGUAAGGAUUUAUGUAGCGCCCAACAUAAUGAGGUCGUCUUAUCACUUGGCCCAGAGCAUUGCAUUUCUCAAUCAGUUGGUGUGUACAAGGAUGAAACGGGUCAUCUCAGGCUCAAAGAAGGUGCUGUUGCAACGGAUAAGCCCGAUGUUCUUGAGCUUCUUAAAGAUAUGAAUACUAAGCGUGUUGGAAAGCUCCUUAACAUCAACUUUUACGAUUCUGAUUACCAGUUCAAGGAUACAGCUCCUAGCCCAGGGACUGACAAUGUAUCCAAAAAUUCUGAUGAAAGUUCUAAGAAAGGUUCGUCUGUACACUUGGACAAUGAGUCUAAUACCGAUGAUAUAAAUCUGGAGAAGGGCAUUGGCCUUCUGAAUCAGUUAGACAACUUGGAACUUGCAGAUAGUGAUGACGAUAGCAAACAGAGUUAA